AUGUACAGAAUAUUACAGAGGUUUACUACCAUCGAGAUAAAACGAAGAGGAGUUCAGGCAAUCCAAUGUUGUGGUCUGCACGAAUUAAAUAAAGAACAACACAACUUUUCCAAUGAAAACAAAUCAUUUAAACGUACAAGGAAUAUUCUUCUGGGUGCUGUGGUAGGAGGAUGUAUAGGUUACUAUUUUAUUGAAAAAUCUAAAUUAGUAUCUGCCGAAGAGAUUAAAAAGUACAAUAACGAUGAACCUGGAAGUUUUAAGGAAGAUUUACCUGUUUAUAACCUGGAGGAUAUAUCAUCUCAUGCGACAAGGGAUAAAAGAAUAUGGGUAACGUACAAAGAAGGAGUUUACGAUAUCACCAAUUUCAUAGACACCCAUCCCGGUGGUGACCAGAUUUUGUUAGCAGCCGGUAGUUCUGUGGAACCUUUUUGGUUGUUGUACAGCAUUCACGAAAACCCUCAUGUAUAUAAAAUCCUCGAAAGCUAUAGAAUAGGCAAUUUAAAUAAAGAUGAAUGCAACAAUUUGACUAAAGAUAUGACCGAUCCGUACUUCAACGAACCUAAAAGGCACAAUGCUUUAAAACCAGCAAGCAAGAAACCCUUCAAUGCUGAAUUACCACCGGAAUUACUAAUCCAAAGUUUCAUUACUCCUAAUGAAUUAUUUUAUGUAAGAAAUCAUCUACCGGUGCCCGACUUAAAAGCCGAAACGUACGAAUUAGAAAUCGAAAUAGAGGGUGUAAAGAAAACCAAAUCGUUUCGUUUAGAAGAUUUGAAGAAAUUACCGAAAAAAACGAUUACAGCGACCAUAAUGUGCGCGGGAAAUAGAAGAAGUGAUAUGAUUAAGCACAAACCAGUAAAAGGACUAAAUUGGGGCCCCGCAGCUAUUGGAACAGCCACCUGGACGGGAGUGCCAUUACGGGACGUCUUGAUAUCAGCCGGUCUUAAAGAGGAUGACGAUAAAUUUAAACACGUUCAAUUUGAGGGAGGCGAUUCGGACGUAACAGGAAAAAUGUACGGAGCUUCGAUACCAAUUUGGAGAGCUUUAGAUAAAAGAGGAGAUGUUUUAUUAGCGUACGAAAUGAACGGGGUACCUAUACCUAGAGAUCACGGGUUCCCCAUAAGGGUUAUUGUACCCGGUGUAGUUGGGGCUCGAAAUGUAAAGUGGUUAGAAAAAAUAACUGUGUCGGAUAAGGAAAGCGAUUCUCAUUGGCAACAGAACGAUUACAAAGGGUUUUCUCCAUCGACCGAUUGGGAUACAGUAGAUUUUACGAAAUCCCCGGCUAUCCAAGAACUGCCCGUAAUAUCGGCCAUUUGCCAACCCUCCGAGGGUAGCACAGUUAAAGUAGAACAAGAUAAAAUUACUGUGAAAGGCUAUGCUUGGUCCGGAGGCGGUCAUAAAAUUGUCAGAGUUGAUGUAACGGUGGAUGGAGGAAAAUCGUGGCAUGUUGCUAAUUUCGAGCAUCAAGACGCCGCCUUACCUCCACAACAUUGGGCUUGGACAAUUUGGACCGUCAAGAUACCUGUGGACAAAAAAUCUAAAAAUGUGGAAAUUUGGGCAAAAGCUGUCGAUUCGAGUUACAACACGCAGCCGGAAAGCGUCGAAAAUAUCUGGAAUUUGCGUGGAGUUUUGAGCAAUGCUUACCACAAAGUUAAAGUGAAUUUGAAACGUUGA